AUGCCGUUUGGAGCGCCCGCCGCGCGGUUCGAAGUCACUGCGGAGAACGUGAAUGUGCUGAGCAGUGCCACGGAGUUCCGCGAAGUGCUGGUGAACAAGUUGGCCGCAGCACAGCGCCGCGUGAUCAUGACCUCCUUAUACAUUGGCGCGGAACAGGAGCAGAUCUUGGAACAAAUUGGUCGUAAGAAGCGGGAAGGCUUGGAGGUGUGGACGAUGACUGAUUACUGCAGGACGGUUCGCCCGGACAAGGGUCCCGCAGGCCGAGUGUCCAGUUCGGUGGAGACGAUGCUGGCGGUAGGUGGCGAGGACGGCUGGGACUGCUACCUGUAUCAGACGCCGGUGCCGUACAGAUGGCAGCGGUGGUUCCCUUAUCGGAUGCAGGAGACGCUCGGUGUCCUGCACUGGAAAUACUAUAUCUUUGACGAUGAUGUCAUUGUGACCGGCGCCAAUAUUGCGACUUCGUAUUUGACGAACCGCCAUGACCGAUGGAUCUUGGUGCGCAAGAACAAGUCUUUGUGCGACGCGCUGGCGCACAUCGGCCAGCUAUGGCACGGCUGUUGCCAUCGGUUGCUGUUUGGCUCGCGGGCCACAGGCGGUCCGGCAGUGGUGUAUCUGUCGGGUACGUCGCGGGCCGUGUACCUGUUGCAGCCGCGCAAGCACUUGAACGAGUGUCUGUUGGAGAUUGAGAGGUUUCUGCCGACAGUGUGUGAUUUUGGAGAAGACUGUGAGAGCCUGGAUGCAAAGCACCUGCAAGACAUAGUUCGGCUCUCGCUUGGCAUCCAUUGUGGAUACGCGCCGGAAGGGAGCAAGCUCAGUUGGACGGAGCCCGAGUUCAUUGUAAAGGCGUUGCGGGGCCCGGCGCAGGUGCGUACGGAGGACACGACAUUGGUCUUAGCUACACCGUACUGCAAUUUGUCUCCGGAGACCAUUGGGUUGCUGCGCACUGAACUUGGCGACCGUGAGCUCCGCAUUGUAGGGCCCUCUCCGAACGCUUCGAGUUUUUUCGAUGGCGGCCCUGUGCUGAGUGCCAUCCCUUUCGCGUACUUGCGGCUGACCGUGCGGGCGUUGGAGGCUUUGACACGCGUGAUUCGGGUGCGCUACAGCGCCUUUCUAUCGCAAGCACAGUCUACGUUCCACGCCAAGGGCAUUUGGCAUGUGGCUCGGAAUCAACUGCACGGCCAGUCAGCGGCAUGCGGUGAUCGUGUGCUGACCAUCGCCGGUUCGACCAACUUCGGGCUGCGGAGUCAGAAACGGGAUUUGGAGUGUCUCUUCCUUAUUGAUACGUGCGCGCCUAAGUUGGUGAAACAAUUUGAAGGUGAAUUGGCGCUGAUCGAGAGCCUUAGUCAAGACUGCUCGGAUAUCAGGGCGCUUAAGAACGGCCUCGAGUCGGCGAAAUGGGUCACACGGAUGAUUGCAAAGUUCUUCGCCAACAAUUCCUUUUUCAGAAGUCUGCUGUAA